AUGAUCAAUAUCUGGCAGGUCUUUGCUGAUGGAGUUAAUCAGCACAUGGUUGUACUUAUGGCUGCAAGGGCAUCAAGGCUAGAGAACCAAGAUGCAAUUGAUUGUGCAAUUGUAUCUAUGUUAGCAGACCCAAAGGAGGGAAACGGAUCACAUCUCAUACUCUUGAAAAAAAAUACCCUUACAGGUGAUCAGCUUGCAAUUACUAAGGAAACAGGAAGGCAUCUUGGAAUGGGCUCUAACAUGUAUCCUUCUUCGUCGCUGCUAGGAGAAAGCAAAGAUAAUUUUGCUUUUGUUCCCGUCGAUGAUCUUAUAGAGAAUGCAGAUGGUUUUGCUGGUGUCUUUCCUGAGCACAAAUAUGAGAUUGUGAAGAGGUUACAAGCUAGAAAGCACAUUUGUGGGAUGACUGGUGAUGGAGUGAAUGAUGCACCAGCUUUGAAGAUAGCAGACAUAGGUAUCGCUGUAGCAGAUGCAACAGAUGCUGCAAGAAGUGCCUCUGAUAUAGUUCUAACAGAACCUGGGUUGAGUGUGAUCAUAAGUGCUGUUUUAACUAGCCGUGCAAUUUUCCAAAGAAUGAAAAACUACACAAUAUAUGAUGUAUCUAUCACCAUCCGUAUUGUGGUUGGCUUUAUGUUACUCACAUGCAUUUGGGAAUUUAACUUUCCUCCCUUUAUGGUUCUUGUCAUAGCCAUUCUCAACGAUGGUAUUACUAUCUGCUCUCAAAUACCAUAUUUAAAAUGCAUUAUUUGGAGGCAAGCUCUUAGACUUCAAGGAUUAAGACCCACUAGUGUGCUAGCUACAAGACCACGUGGUAAAUCUACUGAACAUCCAUACCAAGUGUUUUUGAAAGAAAACAGUUACGGAAUAUCUCCAAAUCUAGGAAAUAGUGGAUCAUCCUCCACCAGAAAGACUACAGAACAGAUCCUUGAUAUUGACCUCGAGUAUAUAAGGAAGAGCACAGAAAAUGGUAGGUCUAUACAAGCACCACUGAACACCAAGACAGACCACAGAACGUCUGAAAGUCAGCAAAUAGUUGUAGCCACCGGAGAUGGACCAGAUUGUUUGACUUGUCCGUCAUUAGAGUGUCUAGAUCAGCGGUGUCAGACAAAUGUCAGACUCGCUCCCGAAGCUAUAUCCGCUGCAAGGAGAAAGACUCCUUCAUCUACGCUCCCUGUUGCUGAACCACUAGAGGACUAG